AUGGCCGCCUCUUCUGCUCUCAGACUGAUUCUCGGCUCCUCGUCGGCGUCGCGCCGCCAGAUUCUGGCCGAGAUGGGGUACCAGUUCAAAUUACUUAGCGCGGACAUUGACGAGAAGGAGAUCAGGAAGGAGAAGCCAGAGGAGCUGGUGGUCGCCUUGGCUCACGCGAAAGCAGAUGCAAUAUUGGAUAAGAUGCGGAACAAUGGGAUGAUGAAAGAGAUUGUUGACUCUCAAGAGACUACCUUAUUGAUCACUGCUGACCAAGUUGUGAUUCAUGAUGGAGUUAUUCGAGAAAAACCUACCACUCCAGAGGAGGCACGUAAAUUCAUCCAAGGAUAUUCCCAAAGCCAUGCUGCGACAAUUGGAUCUGUGCUUGUUACAAAUGUGAAGACCGGAACUAGAAGGGAAGGAUGGGAUAAAUCUGAAGUUUAUUUCCACAAGAUACCCAAUGAAGUUGUUGAGAGCUUGAUUGAGGAGGGCAAUGUCUUCUACGUUGCUGGAGGCCUUCUAGUAGAGCAUCCACUGACUUCACCUCUCGUGGAAGCCAUUGUCGGUACAAUUGAUAGCGUAAUGGGGCUUCCUAAAGCUCUCACGGAGCAGCUCAUCAAGGAUUCCCUCCAAGAGCCGUAG